AUGGCGGUACGGUUCAUCCUUGUCACCAUGAAGCUGUUGGCGUUGUGUGUAGUGCUGGCCAUGGCCCAGGCGGCCAGGAAACCAGUGACCACCAAGGCCCCGCCAACACUGGAGAGUGUCGUGGACCAAAUGAAUGAAUUAAAGAAAACUGUGGAGCAAAUGACUGGGACCAUUGGUACCCUCUCCAGACAGCUGAUGUUACAACAGCUGAACAUGGAGGAGCGCAUUCGAUCCGAGGGAGACUCCGGUAUCAAACAGAUCCGAGUGUCUUCAGGCGGGACAAAGGCUUACCAUGCACCUAGCUAUGUAGGCAGCCGCUUCCUCAGUGUCCACGACCACGCCAACAACUACAGAACUAUCGGUAUGGGAGAAUUCAUUGCCGUACUGAACGGUGUUGAGUUCCGUACCCGCCACAACGAUUACGGCCUAAGGAUGCCCCAUCGUACCAGCACGGCGUACCACGCCGUGGAGGACGUGCCUUUCCCCGAGGUGCCCCCUGCGGUUCUGAAGAAGGCCACCGUUCAGGAGCAGAUCACUGAGAUGAGGGAGUGGUUCAAGGCUUGGGCCAACCAGGAUUACUCAAAGAGAGACUACAGGUAG